AACGAGGUCAAUUCCACCGAACCUUCACAAACAAAACCACCUCCUCAAUCCCACCCCGACCAUUAUAAAAAAUGGCACCAGAGCUCAAGUCCAAGAAGCGCAAGGCUGCUGCCAACGACGAUGAGGUCGAGGUCGCAAAGAAGGAGAAGAAGGUGACCGUUGACACACCUGCAAAGAAACGCAAGACCGCUGAGAAUGGCACCCCCGAAGUCAAGAAGACCAAGGCCACCAAAGCCGCCGCCCCGCCAGCCGUCGUCGAGUCCCCCAAGGUAGAGAAGCCAACAACCAAGAAGGCCACCAAGGCUGCCGCCGCACCCGUCGUCGCCGAGGCCACCGAAGAGAAGAAGACCAAGAAGACCAAGGCUGCCGCCACACCAGUUGUCGCCGAGGUUACUGAGGAGAAGAAGGGCAAGAAGACCAAGGCCGCCGAUAAGCCUCUCUCCGAGAACAGGAAGAAGUUGAAGGAGAUGAAGGACGCCCCGGACGCUGAAGCCGCCCUCAAAGCCAAGAAAGCAAAGGCCGCCAAAGCCCCCGCCGCCGACGCCGAAGUCGAAGCUGAAGCCGAAGCCCAAGAAGACUCCGACAUCGAGAUGGACGACCAAACCGCCGCCCUCCUCCAAGGUUUCGAGAGCGACGACGACGAAGAGACCCCCGCCAACGGCACCUCCGAGCCCGCCUACAACGGCGAGCCCAUCCCCGAACUCUCCAAAAAAGCCAAAUCCAAGCUCGCCAAGCUCGCCGCCCAAAAAUCCGUCUCCUCCGGUCCCGGCACAGUCUACCUAGGCCGCAUCCCCCACGGCUUCUACGAGCACGAGAUGCGCCAAUACUUCAAGCAGUUCGGCGACAUCACGCAGCUGCGCCUGUCGCGCAAUCGCAAGACGGGAAACAGCAAGCACUACGCCUUCGUGCAAUUCGCGUCCGCUGACGUGGCGGAGAUCGUCAGCAAGACGAUGGAUAAUUACCUGCUUUUCAAGCAUAUCCUCAAGUGCAAGGUCGUGCCGGAGGAGCAGGUCCAUGCUAGUCUGUGGGAGGGAGCGAAUAAACGCUUCAAGAAGGUGCCAUGGAAUAAGAUGGAGGGGCGCAAGUUGAACGCCGGACUCGAUGAGGCGGGAUGGGAGAAGCGCAAUGCGAAGGAGACGAAGAGGAGAGAGGAGAAGAAGGAGAAGUUGAAGGCGAUCGGAUAUGAAUUCGAAGCUCCCGCUCUCAAGUCCGCGAAGGGCGUCCCGAAGACUCCGCGUCAGAAGGUCGUGGUUGAGGCCGAGCCCGAGGUCGAGGCUGCGGAGGAGGUCGUGGUUGAGGAGCCUAAGCCUGUUGAGGUCGUUAAGCCAGUCGAGCCGGUCAAGGAGUCUAAGCGCAAAGCCGAAGCCGUCGAGACCGAGGAGCCAAGCAAGAAGAAGCAGAAGAAGGUUAAGGGCAAGGCUUCUACUGGUGACUUGAAGGCUGCCGCCGCCGCUCCUGCUGUCGUCGAGAAGCCAGUCGUCGAGAAGGCUACUAGACCCAAGAGAGCCGCUGCCGAGAAGAAGGUCGUCGAGGAGCCCGUCGUCGUCGCUGCGAAGCCUACCAAGGCCAAGAAAGCCGCUGCCGCCCCCGUCGUAGAGGAGAAGGCUGUCGCCGAGAAGCCAGCUAAGAGAGCGAAGAAGUCCAAGGCUUAAUUUUGUCUCGCUAUUGCUAUACGAAACCUCUGUUGUGUUGCUUCACAUCACAGCUACAGCUACAUCAUUGGGCGAAUACCAUAUUUUUGUACUGAAGGACUCAAUUGUAUGGAUGGCUGUGAUAGAGAGAGGGAAGGUUGCUGGGUGUUACUGGGUGCUUCUUUUGUUUGUAAAAAGCUAGUUAGCUAUGGCGUGAGGGAAUAUGAAUGAAUUUUGCCAUCAUAUCAU